GGAGGUGUGUUUAUAACUCAUGAGGAGUUGCAAACCCUUGAAGAUCAAAGUGUAGACAACUCUAUUAUAGACGCAUGGGCAAGAAUUUUGAAUGACAGAGAAAAGUCAAGCAAUACUACAAAGCGUGCAUUCAUAGCUUCAACCAUAGUCUAUGCACAGUUUAAUUAUACCUCUGGUGACCCAAUUGAAAACAUGGUUGAAAGAUUGGAAAAGGAAAUGAAUGAAGCAGGAGCAGAUGUUAAGCAUCUUGAUAUGAUAAUGUUUCCAAUUCACAAGCAUGCGCACUACUACAUCUACUGCUUUUACCCAAAAAAUAACAUUGUUGAUGUGAUAGACAACCGCAUGCUUCCAGAUGGGGUGCCUUUUGAGAAUAAAUAUGCUGAAACUUUUAACAAUAUGGUUGCGGGGUUCAAAGUCUUCUGUGAGAAACUGAAACUUUCAGAUUCACUGCCACCAACAUGGGUUCCAAGAAUUUUGAUUAUGCCAUGGAGAAGUAAUGACAAUAAUACUGACUGUGGAGUAUUUGCCAUACGCCAUUUGGAGACAUAUCGUGGGCAGGGACACAGAUGGGAUUCUGG